CGUAAGUAAGCAACUAAGUACUCGAUCACUCUAUUAACAUUAACCUUCAUGUCUGCCUACUACGACCAUGGGCGGCGGCGCCGCCGCCUCUGGGCUAGCCUCUGGUGCUUCAUAAUUCUCAUCCUCAUCAUCGUCUUCCUCGUUUGGCUCAUCCUCCGCCCCACCAAGCCCCAGUUCAUCCUCCAAGACGCCACCGUCUACAACUUCAACCUCACCGGCGGCGACGCCGCCGCCGCCGCCACCGGCCUCAACCUCCUGACCACCACCAUCCAGGUCUCCCUCGCCUCCCGCAACCCCAACAAGCGCAUCGGCAUCUACUACGACCGCGUCGACGUCUACGCCACCUACCGCGGCCAGCAGAUCACCCCCGCCACUCUCCUCCCCGCCUCCUACCAAGGCCACAAAGAAGUCACCGUUUGGUCGCCGUUCGUCAACGGCAACGCCGUCCCGGUGGCGCCCUACCUGGGAGUGGAGAUCGGCCAAGACCAGAACGCCGGCAGGGUGUUGAUCAACAUCAGAGUGGAUGGACGGAUCAGAUGGAAAGUUGGGACGUUCAUCUCCGGGAGGUAUCGUUUGAAUGCAAACUGCCCUGCUUAUUUGAGCUUCGGAGGAGGGCAAUAUAGUCAAAACAGCAUUUUAGUCGGGUCAACUGCUAAGUAUCAAUUGGUGCAACAAUGUUACGUUGAUGUUUAAUUUUCUUUAUUUUGAAGUUAUACUAUUACAUCACGUUUGGUUCACGGAAUGAA